AUGGAAGCAAAAGUGGAUGAAAAUAAUAAAAAUUUACAGCAACUUAUUCAACUUUUAACACUGAAAAUUCAAGCAGAUGAAAUCAAACAACCUGAACCUAAAAUAGCAGUUGAAAAUGUUGCAAAAAUUAUUUCAGACUUUGAUGGGGAAACAGUGCCGGUGUGUCAUUGGUUUGAAGCACUGUUAGCUGAAUUUCAAAAAACACUAAGCAGCGCUGAAGUACAUAAGAUGUUAAGUGAGCGCAAAAAAAAGAGAGACGAAAGUUUCCACGAAUAUGUUUUAAAUAUGAAAAAAAUUGCUGUUCUGGGUCAUGUGGAAGUAGAAUCAGUUAUUCGAUACAUAGUUGAUGGUCUAUAUAUCAAAAACGAAUAUAAAUUUGGUUUUUACAGCUGUAAAACAUACCAAGAGCUCAGAGAGAAAUAUGAAAUAUUCGAGCGGGUAGGAGAAAGCAACAAACAUGAGAAGCACCAGUUUAAGGGUAACGAGGAAAACAUUGGCAGUUUUAAAAUAACACAUUGUUUUAAUUGUGGCUCAUCACAGCAUAAACGUGCACAAUGUAAAGAAGAAGUAAAAUGUUUCAAAUGCAAUGGCAAUGGCCAUAUGGCAAAAGAAUGUACAACUAUAAAAUAUAGUGUCAACCUAAUAACCUGCGAGAGGCGAAAUAAGUUGAUCAAAAUUAAUAAUAAAACCGUUAAGUGCUUAAUCGAUAGUGGUGCCGAUGUAUCGCUGAUACGAAAGAGCGUAUAUAACGAAGAAUUUAGCGCGUGUACACUACAAAAAAGUGACGCUGAACUAAUUGGUUUGGGCAAGGCGGCGACUGCAGUUAUAGGCAAGUUCCAGGCACAAGUCAAAAUCGACGAGUUGCAGACGGUACACACAUUCUUGGUAGUAGCAGAUGCAAGUAUAAAUGUGGAUGUAAUUGCUGGAUUCGACUUGCUACAAAAAUUUACAGUCACUUUACAGGCGGAGGGGUACAAAUUUUCACCGGCUACAGAGAACGACAGCGCAAAGCAUAACAUUUACAAGGUGAUAGAGAAUAAUGCGGAGCAGCAAUAUAAAACAGCUGUAAUACAGAUGAUUAAUAACUACAAGCCGUUGAAGUUGCAUAUUAGACCAAGCUGCAAUGACGAAACACUCUGCGAGCAACCUAGUGGACUAUCAGCACCUGAACGAAAAGCAAUACAAAAACAGGUAGAGGAAAUGAAUGCUGCAUUAAGUAUGAACAACUUAAUUGAGGACGAUAAGAAAUGCACAAUGAAUGAAGUUUAUGAUGAUAAACAGGUCAAAGAAUUACGAGUGAAUCAUAAUACGGAUGAUUUUUCUGAAAGGAAGACUGAUAUAUUGACCUUAAAAGAUAAUGAUGUCUUAAAUGAGAAAGAUGGUGACACGUUGAUUAACCUUAAUAUGAUUGAUGAUGAACAUUAUUGUAAAAAUGUGCACAAUAAAAAACUAAACCCCAUUAAUGACGGCUAUGAUGUAUAUGAAGAACAGUAUGAUCAAUUCAGUUAUUCUACUGAUCGUAAUAUGUUAGAAAAAUCUGAUAAGGAUUUCGAUGGUAAGAAAGGAAAAAUAAAGAAUUUUGUGAUCGACGAAAAGUUAGUACAUGAGCAAGGGCAUCGUAAAAAAUUAGUGGAUAUUAAAACAAAGUUAAUUGGAGAUUGUUUGGAAACUUUAGAUGAUACUGAAAUUACUUUAGCAUCAAAUACAUUAUCUGAGACUGAAAUCGAAAAAUUCAAAAAGCCGAAAAAGAGAGUUAAAAAACUACGACAGAAAUUAAAAGCCGAAGAUCUUUUACUAUUAACUGAGAAACCUGUGGAACGCAAUGAAAUCCGAGAAGAUGUUAAAGAACGAAUAAAAAAGGCACAAGAAAUACGCAAGGGAAAUUACGACAAAGAUCGGCAAGAGUUGAGAGCAAAAGCUAAAGAUGGAAUAAUAGCAGCACAGAAUGCGUACAAAAAGCAGUUUGAUAGCAAACGGAAACAAGAAAAUGUGUAUAACCUAGGCGAUUUGAUAGCGAUAAAGAGAACACAGUUUGGGGCUGGACGAAAACUAGCCAGCGAAUACGUGGGUCCUUAUAAAGUGACUAAAGUGAAACGCAACGGAAGAUACGAGGUGGAAAAAGCAGCAAAUACCGAAGGUCCUAACAACACGUCAACCAGUUGUGACAACAUGAAAUUAUGGAAAUAUAUCAUUAACGAAGAAGAUUUAUUGUCAUCAGAGUCUGAUGACGAUGUGCAGGAUGGCCGAGUGUAAAGUAGUAUAUGAGAGGCCAGCAGUGGUAAAGCAGUCAAGUAUAAGCCGGUUAAGCAGUAAGCAGUCAGCAGUGAGCAGUUCAGUUGGCGACGUUGAGUGAGUCAGUCGUAUUUUAAAAGUUGUCAAGUUCGGUCGUCGUUUGAGCAGGCAGUUGUGCUAUCGUAUUUUUUAA